CCUGCCGAUGCCAAUGGGGUGGCAAUCAUCGAGCGGAGGCCCAAUCGGCAUGCGAAAAAGGCGUAGAGCGUGAGAAAAACACUACAUUUCUAUUCACACUUGACCAGAUCAGAAGUCGUUUUGCAUCCGCCGUUCCCAACCCCACAAUGCUCAAUUGAUCAAUCACAAUGCGGUAACCACACCAGUACACAUUCAAUUUGUGCGCCUAAUUGCAACAUCUCCAGCGUUUCAACUCGACUUGAACCGAGCGACACCAGGAGAUCAUGGGGAUCCCCCAUCUCAUCACUACCCUAGAGCCCUACGCCGUCCAUGACGUCCUCGACAAUAAGUCGGUCGUCAUCGACGGCCCUGCCCUCGCCUACCACAUCCUCUACAUCUGCAACCGAAAUGGCGUAGUUCUCCCGUCCUACCGGCUUCUUGGUGACACUGCUGUUACUUGGCUAGACGAGCUCACCAGCCGCGGUGUAACUGUCGAAGCCAUCUACUUCGAUGGCCACCUCCCGCUCGCCAAGCGUCCUGUUCGCAUGGAGAGAAUGACCAAGAGCUUUCGCCAGUUAAAGCUUGCACACUCCGCAGACCCAAGAGGACGCUCCCGAAAUUACCUCUCCCCUCCCAAAUACAAAUGCGAAACUUCUGCUCUCUUCUCGCCCAAACCGCCUCCAGGAAGGCCGUUCUUGCCACCCAGUUUUCAUGUCCCUGCAGUAAUCGACGCUCUCAGGCUCUCCUUACAGUACCGUUCGCAGGUUCGUUUGGUGCCGGGUGAGGCUGAUACCUACUGCGCACAACAUUUGCUGAACUUAGGUGGUACCGUCCUCACAUCAGAUUCUGACCUACUUGUCCAUGAUCUGGGACGUGGCUGUGUGGUGUUCCUCAGAGACAUCUACCUUGACGGAGGCUCGAGACUUGCCUGUGCGAGGUUCUCUCCGAGUCACAUUUGUGAGAGGCUUGGACUUCCUUCAGACCAAAUCUGUCGGUUGGCCUAUGAGCGGAAACGUGAUUCCCAUCUCUCACUUCCCCAGAUCUUGCAGGAAUGUUCCAAGCCAGUUAGAGAUGGUGCCAUCUAUGAUGAAUUCCGUCAAGAGUAUCUGCAUCACGAAACUGCACCCUUGCCUGCUUCUCUCUCUGGAACCACCCUCAAAAUCGACUUCUUGGAUCCCAGGAUAUCUGAACUGGUUCUACAAUUUGGCACAUCGUACAGUACAGAAGUCACCCAACAACACAAAAUCUUCCUUCCCAUACUGAUCGAAGACCCAACCCGUGGAAGCGCUUGGGAACAGAGCACGUCAAUUCGACAGCUGGCCUACACUGUCCUCGGAUGGAUCAUUCCCAGCCAAUCUUCCUCGGUCCAGGAAUACCGAAGAGUGAACAACACGGGGCAAAAGGGGCGGCAGGUACCUCUCAUUCCUAAAGGUCCCGCCCACGACUUUGCUCAGGAUCUCUUUCGCCUAAUGACGGGAAUACUGAAAGAGACCCGAGCCGAUGUGGAAUUGUCGUGGCACAUAUUUUGUGUUUCGCUCGAUAUUCGCCACUGCUUCGAGGAAGAUAAGCAAUCCCAUAUUCUACAAACCCUCCAGAAGGCUUCGCAAGUCAACUCUAGUAAAGUCUCUUGGGAAACCAUCCAUUUCGUGGCGCAAGUGCAGGCGGCUUACUAUUCUUUCCGCAUCCUCCACCAAGUUCUAUCACUUGUACCGGCAAAAGAAACUCUACCCGAUCUUUACAAGAUGCUGGAUUCCUUACCACCAUUAUCCGACUUCCCGGAUAUUGACACUGUCAUCGCGUUCCUGCUCAAGGCAAGCGAGCUCCAAACCCUGAAGCUGGUCACCAAGUUUGUGCCCUUGCCUAAACCUGAUGCCCAGGAGUCGAAACGAGCUGCGCCUAAGAAACGUAAAGCUUCUAAGGACAGUGUACCUAGAGUGAAAGCCUCGACAGGUGUAAAAUCCCCAGCAGCGAAGAAUCCCUUCGCUGUUUUAUCCCAAGAUGAAUAAUUUGACAAAAUCUGCGUCCUUGGCAAGGCCUAGAAAUAGUAGUUAGGAAUACAAACCCGAUCCUUGAUCAUCACA